AUGGGAGGAGUACAACACCCACACAAUGUAACAAGAACAGUAUCUGGUGGUCUAUAUUAUUUAGUUAUUGUUGAUCAAAAUACUAAUCGUUUUAUUGGUUCAAGUCCAUAUGGAUAUAGAUGUUUAGUUGGAUGUUCUCAACAAGCAGGUUCAACAUCUUCUCAAUUAAAUCAACCUUAUAGCAUGAGUUUCGAUAAUCAAGAAAAUAUUUAUAUUAAAGAUAAAAAUAAUGCACGAGUACAAAUGUUCAAUUUAAUACAAAUUCAAAUUCCUGCGAUAAGUUUUAUGAAUAUCAUAUUUAUUAUAUAUAUUCUUCAUAAGAUACUCUCUUGA